GUACAAUGUACAUACAUUAAUAUUAUGUAAGACUAAAGUCCACAUUCCAAAAAUUAAUUUUUUCCCAUUUAAAAUUAGUAAUAUAGCUGUAAUGUUGUGUGCUGACUGUUGACUAACCUAACCUAACAUCCUAACUAUUCGACUAUUAAAAUAUCUCAAUACGAAAAUGGAACCAUUACAUUAUCUUGACAUUCCAUCAGAAAAAGCAACCUUUUCUAUGGGCUGUUUUUGGGCUCCUGACAGUCUUUUUGGAUCUACUCCAGGAAUUAUUACUACAAGAGUUGGUUAUGCAGGCGGAACUGAAGGUUUAAUUCCCACUUAUAGAAACAUUGGUGACUAUACAGAAGCCAUUCAAUUACAAUACGACCCAAAUACCGUCUCUUAUUUAGAGUUAUUGAAAAUGUUUUGGGACCAUCAUGAUCCAACUGCAAAGUUUAAAAAGCAAUACUCUUCAUUCAUAUAUUAUCAUAAUGAUCAACAAAAAGCAGAAGCCGAGCUGACUCUAAAUGAGAAGAAAGCCAAGGGUCUUGAUGUCCUGACUAAAAUAGAACCAGCUGGUCAAUUCUUCAAUGCUGAAGAUUACCAUCAAAAAUACCGAUUGCAACAACACAAAAACCUGUGCAAGGACCUUGGUCUUAAGACCGGAGAUGAUCUGAUUAAUUCUCAUGUAGCUGCUAGACUAAAUGGUUAUGUCGUUGGUCAAGGAGGAAUUGAUCAAUUUGAUUCAGAAGUUUCAAAGUUAAGAUUAGAUGAAGCAGCAAUUUCAUACAUAAGACAAUUAGUGAUUAAAUAUGAAGGUCAAGGAUUACAUUGCUGAUUAAAAUUAUUUUCAUUUUGUGUUUUACAUUUACUAUGUAUUGUGUUAUGGAUGUACCUACAUCGUUUGCACUUUUGGUGUGUUGAAAUCGUGUAAAACUAUUGAAAAUUAAUAAUUUUUUGACAAACCAAUAAUUGAGUAUUAUUGUUGAUUAUAAAUACUAGUAUUUAUAAUUAAUGGUAUUAUACUAUUAUAAUAUAUUAAUAUACAUUAUACAUGCAAGAUGAACUGAUGUUGUAGUUUUAUACUAUGUAUGUAUGGGUGUAUCAUGUAGUGUUAAAUUCAGUUUACUUACCAAAACAUAUAA